AUCACGGAAAACGAAAUGUAACAAUGAUAUUUUUUGUUACAAUGAGGUCUCCCAUAAAAAAUUUGUUAUGAUAUUUCAAAAUCUAUUAUGUGCCGCAGUUAUUUUUGUGAUUAAUAAUAUCAUAUGUUUAAGUUAUGCUAAUAUAUAUUCUACAUUUAACUGCCGAUUUAAUUUUGUCGCACAAAGUUUUUUUUUUUUUAUUUAUUUCUUAACUAUAGUAGAAUAAAAUGAUAAAUAAAUAAAUAAUAACACUUUUAUUCUCAAAGUUGCCAGCAUGAAAGUAUCA